AUGGCUCAACGUAUACCUCUAGUGAGAACACAACACAAAAGCAAAAUCACUGCCAUUUACUGGGCUGGAUUUGUGGAUUUAACACUCCAUGAUCAGGUCCACCUACUGGAAUGUGCCUGGUUAGAGAUACUGAUGAUUGGCUUAGUCUGGCGCUCCAUGGAACACCCAGGAAAGCUUUUAUUUGCACCUAACCUAUUACUGGACAGGAAUCAAGGAAAGUGUGUAGAGGGCAUGGUGGAAAUCUUUGACAUGCUGCUGGCUACUGCUGCUCGGUUUCGGGUGAUGAACCUUCAAGGGGAGGAAUUUGUGUGCCUUAAGUCCAUCAUCCUGCUCAAUUCUGGUGUGUACACUUUUCUUUCCAGCACCUUGAAAUCUCUGGAAGAGAGAGACUAUAUUCACCGUGUUCUGGACAAAAUCACAGACACUCUGAUACACUUAAUGGCUAAGUCGGGUCUUUCUCUGCAGCAGCAGCACAGACGGCUGGCUCAGCUCCUCCUCAUCCUCUCUCACAUCAGACACAUGAGCAACAAAGGCAUGGAGCACCUGUACAAUAUGAAGUGUAAGAAUGUAGUUCCACUCUACGAUCUGUUGCUGGAGAUGCUGGACGCUCACCGACUGCAUGCCCCAGCAGCCAGGAGUGCUGCACCGAUGGAAGAGGAGAACCAGAGCCAGCUGACAACUGCAUCAGCUUCAUCUCAUUCCUUGCAGUCUUUUUAUAUAAAGAGCAAAGAAGAAGAGAAUAUGCAGAAUACAAUAUAAACAAGAGCCAGCAUACAUAAUGGUAUGAGAAACCCAGCAGCGUACUACCUAGCUCAUGCUUCAUUUUGUCUAUAGUGCCACCUGUGUAAACACUCCAAUGACAACAGUCACC